GGCUCACUAAGGCUUAACAGCACUUUAUCGAUUCCCGGUUCAACGAUCCAGUCAAGAGAGACCACUCGCCGAAUUGUCCUUCUCUUUCUGCCACACUUAAAUUUCAGUGUCUAAUCGCUUUCCAUAUUCAUCCUUCCCAAAAUUUAGAAUUCUUGGUGAUGAUUAAGCUCCUGUUUUUCUUACUUUGAUCAAGAAACGCGAUUAAAUUUGCUGACAGCUGUGCUCACAAUGCUUUCUGAGAACACCGCGGCGUGCAAAAUGGAAAAUGUCCCAUCAUCAGGAGCCACCAGUGCAGUUCAACUAACCCUAAGCAAUUACUUUAACAUGAAUUCAACCCCAGAGGAUCCGUUCGAAUCAGUUUUUUCCACGGAAUCCUCUACUGCUGAACCGAUUUCAGCACCUCCUUUGGAUGCCGAUUCGAACCAUCCGCACCUCGAUGUCCCAACAGACAGUGAUGCCAUGAAUCGUAUGAGACAGCGUGACGCCUGGUUGCCUUCCGAAUCCACUCUCCGAGCACUUUCAAAUGCGAGGUCAUCUGAAAACGUCCAUCACCCAGAAAUCAAGCCGUUUUUGUCGCAACCCGAGUUAGAGAGUUCUGCCGAGGGCAGCAUCCUUACUGAUCCGUAUCGAGCGCUAUUGCUCUGCCAUUUGAAAGAUGCGGCGGCGGUUGACCUCAUUCGUCGGAUUCCAAAUCCGUCGGAUCACAGUACGGGAAACAUCGAAUCGCUCAAAGAACUUGUUGCUAACGGAUGGUAUCGCCCAGCUUUGGAUCUGACCCGCCGGCUACUCACAGACGCGGGUUUCGUGGAGGAACAGGGUGGAGCGACCUUGACUCCGCUCACAGCUCAAAUUUGGCUUACUCGACUGGCUCUUUUGGUUCGCACGCGCAACUACGACCUAGCAGAACGGGAACUGGCUUCGUUUCAGACAUUGGAUGCCCCUAAUGUGUAUUUCGAACAUGCACCUGAAUUGUAUCCCAAUCGAGCAGGCUCCAUCAUUCCCUUUUCCCUACGUUUGUUACACGCUGAGCUACCCUUUCACUUGAGUCGUUCCGAAGAGGCCCUGAAUCGUUUAUACUAUCUCCUUGCUAUCAUCGACCGUAUUAAAACUAAUUUGCAACGUGGCUACAAUGAAGAUGGGACCAUCGCAAAACACGACCAGGAAUACUGUAGUUCAUCGUUGCGUCUUUGGUCCUCCCGUGAAUGUCGCGUUUUGUCCGGCUGUCUAUCCAUAUACCUCAGUGAAUACGACUACCAGGCUGCCAUAGAGACUGUGCAUCGGCUGGCAAUUGUAUGUGCAGCUGAUCAGUCCAUUCUACGUGGACUGGCGAGCGUUUUGGGACGAAUUUAUUUGCAAAUGGGAGAUUUGGAGACGGCUAAGACAUAUUUCGCUCGGGCCGUUUCCACACUGGAACAUAAAAACAGUCCACAGUUGUCCACUCAGCUGCUGUUCCAAAAUGCGUUGCUGUCUCUUGGAAAAGGUGACUACGAGGAGGCGAAAAAACAUUUUCAAGAAGUACUGUCGCUUGAUCCCACCAACGUGGCAGCUGUCAACAACAUGGUAGUUUGUUCCCUAUACCUCGGCCAGCUUUCCGGUGCAAUCCGCGUUCUCGAGACGUUACUCACUACGGGUCUGAAUGGUCAAGUACUCGAUACUUCUCACCCGACCCCCAGUGCGGUACUUACAUCUGCUUCAGUGAGCCAGCAGGACAAAAAUACUACAUACCUUCCGGUAACCCUUCAACGCCGAUUUUGCUUGCACGAUGCCUUAGUGUCCAACUUGGCUGUUCUUUAUGAAGUCGAGUCGGAAAGUGCUACUCGGAAAAAGGUCAACUUGCUUGAACGUUUGGCUGCUUUACCAGGCGAACCCGUACACAUUUCUGCUUUCAAGUUAUCGGCCUCCUAACUUGGACGCCGUGUAAUUCCCAAUACUAGCAACAUGGAUUUUUCCGUUCCCGUGUGUUAUCACCGAAGGACUCGAUUUAUACAAAGUUGUCCAAAGUGUAUUUAUCUCUAACAUGUAUCUUGUAUCACCGAAAAUAUCAUUUCAUCAUUCUGAAAGCGUUUAUACCAAACGUACAAUCCUAAACGCCAACAAAA